CGUGUAGUUUUCCGGGUGUGUGAUUUCUUUGAACUGUCCCGUUCUUUUCCAAUUAGAAAUAGUGAAUUAUGGCUAUUAGCUUGUUAAAUCCUAAGGCCGAAGUCGCCAGGGCUGCCCAGGCAUUGGCCGUUAACAUUUCGGCCGCAAAAGGUAUCCAGGAGGUGAUGAAAUCCAACCUGGGACCCAAGGGGACCAUGAAAAUGUUGGUAUCGGGAGCUGGCGACAUCAAAAUCACCAAAGACGGCAACAUCUUACUUCACGAAAUGCAAAUUCAACACCCCACUGCAUCCUUAAUUGCCAGAGCUUCAACUGCCCAAGAUGAUAUGACUGGUGAUGGUACUACAUCCACUGUUCUCCUGAUUGGUGAACUCUUGAAGCAGGCAGACAUCUACAUUGCAGAAGGCCUCCAUCCGAGACUUCUUGCUGAGGGCUUUGAUAAAGCUAAGACCAAAGCUUUAGAAGUCCUGGACAAAAUCAAGAUCCCCAUUGAAAUCAAUAGAGAAAAUUUAUUGGAUGUUUGCAGGACUAGUCUAAGGACAAAGGUUCAUCAAACUUUGGCUGAUGUCCUUACAGAAGUUUGUGUCGAAGCAGUCUUAGCGAUAAGACCCAAAGACAACAAACCUGUUGAUUUGCAUAUGGUUGAAUUAAUGCAAAUGCAACACAAAACCGAGACUGAUUCAUCAUUAAUCAAAGGUUUGGUACUUGAUCAUGGAUCCCGUCAUCCAGACAUGCCAAAACGUCUGGAAAAUUGCUACAUUUUAACUUGCAAUGUGAGUUUGGAAUAUGAAAAGAGUGAAGUCAAUUCUGGCUUUUUCUACAAAACUGCUGAGGAGAGAGACAAGAUGGUUCUUGCUGAACGUGAGUUUAUUGAUCAGAGAGUCAAGAAAGUCAUUGAGUUGAAGAAAAAAAUUUGCACUGGUACCAAUAAGACUUUUGUUAUCAUCAACCAGAAAGGAAUUGAUCCUAUGAGCUUGGAUCAAUUAGCAAAGGAAGGUAUUAUAGCCUUAAGAAGAGCCAAAAGGCGAAACAUGGAACGUUUAUCUUUGGCUUGUGGUGGUACUGCCAUGAAUACUUUUGAUGACUUGAGCGAGUCUUGUCUUGGAUAUGCUGGCCUAGUUUAUGAACAUGUCCUUGGUGAAACUAAGUUUACUUUUGUUGAGGAGUGCAAGAACCCUCAAUCUGUUACUAUUUUAUUGAAAGGCCCCAAUAAACAUUCUUUGCAACAAAUCAAAGAUGCUAUUAGAGAUGGUUUGAGAGCUAUCAAUAAUGCUAUUGAAGAUAAAGCUGUAAUUCCAGGUGCUGGCGCCUUCGAAAUUGCUGCCAACAAAGAACUUCUUCAGUGGAAAGACACUGUUAAAGGCAAGACUAGGUUGGGGGUAGUUGCGUAUGCUGAAGCUCUGCUGGUUAUUCCCAAGAUUCUGGCUACAAAUUCUGGAUUUGAUGUCCAAGAAACCAUUGUCAAACUUCAAGAAGAAAGCCACACAAGUCCCGAGCCAAUUGGCUUAGAUCUGACUUCCGGAGAGCCAAUUUCUCCAAAAGAUGCUGGAAUUUUUGACAAUUACAUUGUUAAAAAACAAAUAAUUAAUUCUUGUUCAGUCAUAGCCAGUAAUUUAUUGUUGGUGGAUGAAAUUAUGAGGGCUGGAAUGAGUAGCCUAAAGGGCUAGUUCAUUUUUUCAAUGUACUUCACAUUUUUCAGUAUCAUUUUAACUUUUAAUUAGCUUUGUUAACCUAACUCACAAAUUAUUUUUGAGCUGAUAAUAUUAUUCUAACUUUUUUAAUUAAUAAUUUGAACAUUUUUAACUUU